UUUCAUUUUGUCGCAGUUUCUGUGAAAUUUCGAGUGAUCGCUGGAGCAUGUUCAGGUCGACCGGGAUGUUCGAUAAGUUGCUCGAUAAAGCGACGAGCCACUUGAAUUUGGAAGAGCCUGAUCUAGUCGUGACACUGCAGCUUUGUGACAACAUCCGGCAGAAAGAUGUACAGGCUUCAUACGCUUUGAGUGCUCUGAAGAAGAAACUUUAUGACAAGAAUCCAAAUGUGCAACUUUUUGCAUUACAAGUUUUGGAAAGCUGGGUGAAAAACUGUGGUGUGCUUGUGCACGACGAAUUGUUGGGAAGCAAGGAUAUGAUGGAAGAACUGCAUGAUAUAGUGAAGCAAACUCCGAAUGAAAAAGUACGAAAGAAGAUUCUUGAGCUUAUCCAAGUCUGGGCUCAUGCCUUCAGGGGACAAUCGAAGUAUCAACCUGUCCAGGACAUCAUGAAUAUUAUGAAGGCGGAAGGGUAUUCUUUCCCCCAAUUGAAAGAAAGUGAUGCUAUGUUUAUGGCCGAUACCGCACCCAAUUGGAUUGAUGGCGAGGCUUGUAUGCAGUGCCGGUCGACCUUUAGCAUGUUUACUAGAAAGCAUCAUUGUCGAGCGUGUGGGAAGAUCUUCUGUGACCCUUGUUCGCAACACAGUCUCCCACUUCCUCAUUUGGGCAUAGAAAAGUUUGUUCGCGUUUGUGAUUACUGCUUUGAGAAGCAUCGCAAGUCCCUUGGUGCCGCUGCUACCGGCACGAAAGAGGGUACCGAUGAUUUGCCACCUGAAUACUUGAACAGCCCUUUGUCAAAGGAGAACCAGGUUCCAAAGAAGAAAACAGAAGAAGAGUUGCGUGAAGAAGAGGAAUUACAACUCGCGAUCGCUCUGUCACAAUCGGAGUGUGAGUCAAAGGCUCAAGAAGACCCCGUAGAAUUGGAUCCCGAAUUGGCAAGAUAUUUGGAUCGGUCAUUUUGGGAAACGAAGCAACAGAAGGCCGAGGCCCGCGAGGAGAAGAAGGAAAAAGUGAAGAAAAGUAGUUCGGGACUUUACCCGGAAAAUUCUCGGAAAUAUGAAGCAGAUACCAGCAUUGCGCCACAGGCAUCGGCGCCCCCGAUGGCUUCUUCCGCCCCUGCUGUCAACGCGAACGAGAUGAGUUUCACGAACAACAAGUACAUGUCGAAUGAGAACUCGAUUGCUCUCGAAACUCCAGUUCCUCAGCGUGCAGUGCAUCCCGUGGAAGAAGACGCUGAGCUAAAUGAUUUCGUCAAUAAUCUCCGGAGUCAACUAGAAAUUUUCACCAAUCGUAUGGAGAGCAAUAAGAGCCGUGGAAGAUCCAUUGCGGUUGAUUCAUCUGUUCAAACUCUCUUUAUGAACAUUGCUUCGCUGAAUUCUACGUUGAUCCGGAAAACGAACACCCUGGAGGAGGAAAGAGUCUUGUACGAAGGUAUGCAAGAUCGUUUGGCUCAGUUGAAGGAUGCUCGGGCCGCACUGGAUGCCUUGCGAGAAGAGCAUCGGGAGAAGAUCCGACGUGAAGAAGAAGAGGCUGAGCGUCAGAGGCAAAUGCAAAUGGCUCACAAGCUCGCUAUAAUGAGGAAAAAGAAGCAUGAAUAUUUAGAAUAUCAAAGGCAAAUGGCGCUCCAGAGGAUGCAGGAAGAAGAAAGAAUCCUCACAAUGAAGAACAUGGCAGCAGCUGCUGGUGCUCAGAUGAUGUAUCCCCCGGGCGUUGUCCCUAUGCCUGGAGGUGUUAAUGGUCCAACAAGUAUGCCAGGUGUGAUUCCGGGGUACGCCCCUCAAAUGCCUGGAGCUCCACCGCAUCCUCCGCAGCACGUGAUGCCGUCCUCCCAAAUGCCUGGCGACCAUUACGACGGCUCACCUGUGCAUCAGUCUGCGCCCUACUACCCGCCGCAAAUGCCGCCAGGAGGUGUCUACCAGAUGCCCGUGGUUCAGGGCUACAGGAUGCCGACUGCUGGCCCACCUCCAGGCGCGCCCUCGUCAACAGCUACUGCUGUUGCAGCGACGUCCGCUGCGCAGCAGCAGAUUGCUCAGGUGGUGGCUGCUCCAGCUCCUCCCCAAGCGAUCCCCGAGCCUGAACCUCCUCAGCCGGAACCUGCACCACUCAUUUGCUUCGAUUAGUCUCGAGAUUGAAGGAAAUUCGGAAGAAUUCAUAUUUUCCUGCAAUUACAGAGUCGAGUGAUUUUUUCUUCUAGAAUCCGCAUUCUGGGUUGGUCAUUCGUGCCGCCGCUAUUCCACUGAGUACAAUCCCCUGUUCUUCUGUUUUCCUUGUCCAAUUGUUAUUUUUUCGCUGAUGAGACUAUUUCGAUUAGAUCUGGAACAGAUGGUGGUGGCGGUGCUUUUUUUUGCUCAAUUUUCUCAAUCCUUUGGAAGAUUUAACCCAGUGGUCUACAUCGCGUGGUCCGCAGACCAGCGCCGGUUCUCAGAAGUUUUUUGCGGGUCCGCGGGAAAUUUUCCUAUCAUAUAUAGCAUAAAUUUAUCAACGGUAGUAAUGAAGUCUGUUAUUAUUUGAAAUCUCCAAGAACAGGGCAGCUUAAAUCAUUUGAUCAAAAAUCAAAGUCGACUUCUCUCCCAUUUGAGAGUGAAAAACAUUUCAUAGAAAUACAUUUUAUCAAGUAUUCAUCCUGAGAAACCUUUCUUGAAGCCCAAAUUUAGAAAAUACAUUAUUUCCAGUAUUCAUUCUGAGAAACCUUUCUUGAAGACCAUCUUUCUAAUUUUUUGAAAACGUUCCACUGCUGCUUCAUUGGCUUUGAAUUUAAUUUUUGCAACUCUGUGAAAGUUUUAAUUGGAGGACUUUUAUGGUAGGUAUUUGAAAAAUGUCUGCUGGUUUUCAGGAAUUUUUAUUUAACUUUGCUGGUCCGCAAAAAAAUUCAAAGGACAUUUGCCGGUCUGCGAGCCAAAAAAUUUGGGGAACGCUGAUUUAACCUUUUUUGCCCGUUUACCUACAGUAGUCAGUCUUUUUUUUUUAUUGAAUUUGUUUGUUGGGAACAAUCACUGACUAUGAAUCAGGACGCAUUCCUUGAAGCUUAAAUUGGGUUCGAAGCAUGCGUGUUUUCCCCUCUGUGUGAUCUGAAUGAAAAUGUAUUCUUGGGCUGAAGAAAUUCUACUGUGGCACGUCUAGAAUGGGAAAGUUUUGAGAAGUGCUGCACCUCAUGAUUUCCACUUGGGGAUUUUUAUUUGUCGUUCAUUAGUCUGUUGCAUUUUUUAAUGAGAAUUUCGGCCUAAAGAUAUCCUAGCAGUAUCGUCUAUGUUUUCGUAGCUGUAACUCGGGUUUUUCUGUGACGAGUUUCAACAAGCUGUAGAAUUGACUCGCUGCUUUCUUUCCAGCAUGGUGCAAUUGAGUACUUUAGCUCAGGUCGACUUAAAGUAAGCAAAUUCUUAGGAACGAUGUAUAAUAAUUAUGGGAGGUUUCUGCUUUUUUUUUCGCGGCUGAUCGCGUUUGAUGACUGAAUCUUUUCUCGGAAUCGGGACAAUAUUUUUGUGAAGGAUGUGACGAUGUGUAUGCUUGCCCAAAAAGUUACGUGCACUCCCCCCGAAUCCCUCAGUAUUGAGGCUACGCGACGUUUCGCGGGAUCCGAAAUGCCUUCUCUUCGGGAAUUUGAAGAGUUGCGAUGCGGAAUCUAGAGAGAACCGUGUUGAUGAUAGCGUGGACGUCUGAAGGUGGAAAGUACAUUUUGGUGAUAAUAAUGAUCAAUAGAUUGUUUUUGUUCUUA